AUGACUUUUCUUGCUUUUGGUAAACAUACUGUUUUUAAUUUAAUUAACUCUCCUUAUUUUACUUUUAAAAAAAUCUUUCUGCGAACCGAGCAUCAUCAGGAUAAAGGGUUAUUACAACUACUAGCAAAAAGGCAAAUACCUUAUCAAUUAUUAAGUAAAGAGCAAUUCUCUCGUUACAAUUUUGAUAAAAAAAAUCAAGGAAUAGUUGCUUUUAUUCGUAAUUAUGUUUAUGCAGAACUUCCUCCUUUGUUGUCGUGCCAACCACAACGAAAAUUUCCCUUACUUGUCAUGCUUGAUUCAAUCGAAGACCCCCACAAUUUUGGGGCAAUUUUGCGAACCUGUGCUGCUUUAAAAGUUGAUGGGGUAAUUAUUGCUAAAAAAAAUCAGGUGCCAGUUAACAGUACGGUAGUUAAAGUUUCGAUGGGUGGCGUAGCUUAUGUUCCUGUCUGCCAAGUAAAUAGUUUAGGAGAAACAAUUAACGAAUCAAAAAAAAAAGGCUACAAAAUUAUUUCUACUUCAUAUGAAGAUAGUUGGGCGGAACAUCAAAAUUAUAAACCAACUGAAGCAACUUAUCGACGAGACAUAAGUUUACAGCACUUACCAACCGCAAAAGACGAAGCAGAAUGGCUAAGGGAUAAAUUAGCAUUCGGUUCCGUUGGUCAAAGUCCAAUAACUUUUGUUUACCCUUAUGCUAACGAAUAUAAACCAUUUAGUUGGGUUGUAGAUAGUCCUUAUGUCAUUAGGAAUCAAGUAGGAAGUUCUACUAAGACUAUUAAUAUUCCUUUAUUCUUUGUUGGUUAUAACUCUUCAACGCCCGCUGACUUAGAUAAACAUUUUAGACCCUUGGAUAUUGUUCAAGUGAAAAACUGUGAACACUUUGCCAAUAUGCUAGUUUAUGGGAUAAAUUUUUCUCAACAAGUUCGCGAAAGAGAAGGAGAGUUAACGGCUAAGACAAUUAUUCAAUCAACGGGGAUAGGGAUUUAUGGUGGAGCUACUAUUAGUGCUUCAAUAGCAUUUGCGCCUUUCACUUUCGGUUUAUCUUUAAUACCAGGAGCAGUUGCAACAGCUGCAACUGUUUCCAUGACCGCUGACCAAAUAGAAAAUCAUGCGACUUUAAAUAAUGGUAAAACUUCUAUCUGUUUGAGUAACGAGAUAAGAGAAACUAAUGACCGGUUAGGAGAAAAAUCUGACUGA